CCCGGCCUUGACGCCAGCGCGCUAAUGAAAUGCUAAUACCGGGGCGCCGAGCCGGUCGCUGCCGGCACCAAUAAAACCCGGCGCGGAGUCGGGGCUCUGCCCGGUGCCUGUCCGCAGCCAUGCAGAGCGCAGCCCCCGGGCCGGCCGCCCCCGCCCUGCACCUGCUCACCUCCUACUUCAUCGACAGCAUCCUGGGCCGGAGCCCCGCCGCCAGGCGGCAAGGCGGGGACCCCACGGAGCCGCCCGAGCCCUGUCCGGCGCCGCUGGCGGCGGCGAAGCGCCCGGUCCCCGGGGCCUGGGCGGAGGAGGACGCGGCGGAGGACGCGGCGAGGGGCAGCGGCGGCCCCGGGGAGCCGGCGGCUGGUCUCUCAGGCUCUGCCCCCGCAGCGGCGGGCGAGGCGCCGGGGCCCCUGAAGCGGAAGCAGCGGCGCUACCGCACCACGUUCAGCAACUUGCAGCUGGAGCAGCUGGAGCGGGCGUUCCGCAAGUGCCACUACCCCGACGUGUUCACCAGAGAGGAGCUAGCAAUGCGUCUGGAUUUAACAGAAGCCAGAGUUCAGGUCUGGUUUCAAAACAGAAGGGCAAAAUGGAGGAAACGUGAAAAAACUGAAAUGUUAGGGAACGUUCCAGGACUCUCCUUAACACAUCCAUUGGGUCUGUUCUUGGACAUUCCAUUGAGUCAGUCUCCUCUUCUGGACCAUGCAUGGAGAUCAAUGCCACUUUCAACAAUAGCUAUGCCAUCUGUAACUCCAGCAUUCAGCCCUGCAAGCUUAGGGCCGUUUGGUCUCAGCAGUCUUGCCUGGACAUCUCUCUUCAGAAAUCCAAUUUUAAAUCCCCAUUUUGGAAGAUUUCUCAAUGCUUUAAAUCCUCUCAUGACAACAGCUUCAGUCUUAAUGAAAGCACCAGGACCCCCAUCAGACCCUGCUCUCACUGCCUUCACUGAUCCGGCAGCAGUUGAAAGGAAAACGUCGAGCAUUGCAGCACUAAGGCUCAAAGCGAAAGAACAUUCAGCACAAAUCCCUCAAUUAAACCUCCUAUCCAGUCUUACAAACACUAACAAAGAACUUUGUUAGGAACUUUCCCGCAGACUGCAGUAGUAUAGGAGAAAGCAAAUGCCUUCUCCCAUAAGUGGAUCCAGUUAUACAGAGGCAUAUAAAAAACCCACCACCCAUCUGUAGCUCUUCCAUCUGCAAAAUGGAUUGAUGGAAAUUUUAAUCCUGCUAAAAAUAGCUUUCCUUUAUUGUAACACAAAAUUGUGCGGUCAUGUAGCAAAUUGAUAAAUGACUACUGAUGGUGAAUUUUUGACAUUACAAAAGAUAUACAUCAGGAAUCAACUCUUCUACAUAAAUAAAACUAAUGUAAAGAAUGAGUUUGCUGUGAAACCCCAUGAUGUACUGGACAUUAGCACAACGGUUGAAAAUCCUCUGUAGAAAUAACUGGAGUUUUAUAAACAAUCCUUAAAUGAUGUCUCAGGAGGAACUGUGUAACUACAAUUGUUUAGACUAGUUAAGAAUCAAUAUAUGGUAUGUUCUUAAUUUAAAGAUCAUGCUUCACGUUGAAGUACAAAUGCCAGUGAAAUUUCACAAAGUAAACAAUGAUCAGGAAUGAGGUAUGAAAUAUUUUGAAUAUAGGGCUUUGAUUCACAACUAGCUUUGUACAAAAUGUAUCUUGUUUCAAACUAAAAUAAACAAAAAAAGUUUGUUUAUAUGUUCAAUGUGGCAAUGUUUUAAUAAUUAUAUCCUAAGCUUUAGCCUUUGACGAUAGAUCAGUUUGUAAAUGAAAGUUGUGUCCUGUAAAAAAUAGUUGUUUCUGUGCAGUAAAUUGUGUAUAAUUCAAUAUAGAUCAGUGAGUAGUUACUAGUUUUAACCGCAAGGUUUCUGGCUGUUUUUAGUGUGACUGUUGGCAAAUAGUAGCAGACCAUUAUCAUUAAGUUAACUCUCAUUAUUUGUAAAUCUCUUUCAAAGUAUAUUGUAUGCCUAAGUACAUUCAGAUUGCAAUGAAAAUUAUUAAUGGGUCUUUAAAAAAAUGUCCUUGAAAUGAUUAUUGGGAAGAGUUAAAAAAUGAGGUUCUGGCGAAUAGACAUUAAAUUUACAAAAACCUUGGGCAAGCCAUCUGCCUCAGUUUCCCCAGCUGUAAAAUGGGGGUGAGAAGAACAACAACUAGCUCUUCUGUAGCUCUUGAUCCAGAAAUAAAGUGUGUUAUAAAGGAGGGUAAGUAUCAUCCCAUUUUACAGACCACUUGCCUAUCUCAUAGGGCUGUUGUGAGGACUAACUGAAUGUUCCGAACACCACGCAAAUGUAAAAGAGCCAUAUUAGUGUGAAGCUUUGUAUGUUAAUUAGCAUCCUCAUUGGCAGUCACAGCAGAGGCACCAAGGACUGAACAUAGAUUCAUAGAUAUUAAGGUCAGAAUGGACCAUUAUGAUCAUCUAGUCUGACCUCCUGCACAACGCAGGCCACAGAAUCUCACCCACCCACUCCUGCGAAAAACCUCUCACCUAUGUCUGAGCUAUUGAAGUCCUCAAAUCGUGGUUUAAAGACUUCAAGGAGCAGAGAAUUCUCCAGCAAGUGACAGACAUGGAGACCAAGCUUUCGUCUCAUCCCUAGAGGUCCCUCCGCAGAGGCUUUGAGUACAUUGUACAUUGGUGGGACAGGGUGGAGAGUCUUUUACAGAUGCUGCCUGUGGUCCUCCUGUUCCAUCGAGACCAUUCUGAUGUGUCACUUAGAAAAUACAGAAAAAGCAUUCAGUGUCCCCCACACCUCUGUAAGAUUUUUUUCCCCAGGUGUUUAAUGCUCUGUAAAAUCAGACUACUGUAUCUUGACUCAAACUACAAUCAACCUACCAUAGCCCCUGUGACAUCUCUUGAUAACAUUUACUCUGAAUGGGAUUAAUAAUGUUAUCAAUACUGUUGCAGUGAGCUUGGAAUGUAGAACCCCUAGCUACCCUAAUUUCUGCUUUUGUAGAUGUCUCUAAACCUUGACUGUAUUAAAUUUUGUA